CAGGACACUUCCCCAUGUGCUGGGAGGAAGAGCCUGCUGCACUCACAACUGGAGGACAGCAGUAGGUCAGGGCCUUCUGUGCCAGUCUCAGAGCCUGUCACUGAUUCUGCAGGAAAGGUGAGCGCCAACAGGGGAAGGGAGUGGGCCAGGGAAUAGGAGCUGUGAGGACCUGGAAGAAUUCAGUGCCUCCAAGAAGCUCGCUGAGUGAGCACCUCCGUUCUAGUAAGCAUGGGAGGACGGAAGAUGGCAAGAGAUGAAGAAAGUGCCUAUGGUUCCGAAGACACCACGCAGGCCCUGCAGGAGCCCAGGCUGAGGCUCAUCCUGGUGGGGAAGACAGGGGCUGGGAAGAGCGCCACUGGGAACAGCAUCCUGGGCCAAAGGCGGUUCCUCUCCAGACUCGCAGCCACUUCGGUGACCAGAACCUGUGAGGUGGGGAGCCGCAGGUGGGACAGGUGGCACGUGGAAGUCAUGGACACCCCAGACCUUUUUAGCUCCCUAGUCCCCAAGACAGACCCGGGGUGCCAGGAGCGAGCCCGCUGCUACCUGCUGUCGGCUCCUGGGCCCCACGCGCUGCUCCUGGUGACUCAGCUGGGCCGCUUCACUGCGCAGGACGAGCAGGCCGUGAGCGCGCUCAAGGACCUUUUUGGAGACAACGUGGUGAAGCGCACCAUCGUGCUGUUCACGCGCAAGGAGGACCUGGCCGGCGGGUCCCUGCAGGAGUACGUGCGCGACACGGACAACCGUGCCCUGCGGGCUCUGGUGACCCAGUGCGGGGGCCGCGUGUGCGCCUUCGACAACCGGGCAAUGGGUGGGGAACUGGAGGACCAGGCACAGGAGCUGCUAGUGCUGGUAGAGCGCCUGGUGCGGGACCACGCGGGUGUUCCCUACUCCAACGAUGUGUAUCGCCUGUUGCAGGAGCUGGCCUUCUGCAGCCCCGAGGAGAAGCUGAGAAGGGUGGCAGAGAGGCUGGCAAGCCCCGUGCAGAGGCGACAAGGGCGCGGGCUGCUGGGCCGGCUGUGUGGGUGGGUGAAGGCUUCAAAGUUGCGUACAGCCAUGCUGCUGGGCGUCCUGUUCCUGCUUUGUGUAGUGCUCUCCAGACGCUGGUCUCAGGCCGUGGACGAGGUCCGUCCUGAGUGACAGAGUGGAUAUAAGUAGGACUUGGAACCAUCACCUGACAAUCACACUCUUCCCUGGUGUCUGUGUGUCCAGGGCCCGCAGGCUUUCCUUGUGUCCCUACUGGCAGUAACCUACCAACCCAAAGACAAAAAUCCUGCCCGCUCCCAUCUCCCCUCAAACCUGCCCCUAGGACCUGGCCCUCCCUGAGCUCUUCUUACUGGAGCCCAGUAAGUAUUGCUCUUGCCUGUUUUCCACUGACCUCAGGCUGCUGUCCCAGAUCCUGGAAUCAUCCCUGGUCUCCUCAGAGGACCAAGGGCCAGAACCAACACAAAGCCUCAGUCCAGACCCAUUUAUUUCAAUUGAAUCUGAAUUGCAUGAAUAAAACCUUGGACAUUCACUUGUGUUAACGAAAAUCAAUAUUUAUAGAUGUUUGUUCAUCUGCUUAUAUGGCCAUUGAACAAAGACACUGCUCUGUCAUUCUUAACCCCUUCUGCAAAAACCACGCACCCAAGUGCACACACACAUUGGGGUGAGUACCCACAAGAAGACAAGACACUGAACUGCCCAUCUGUCCCAAGAAGGGAUGCCUCCCCCUCCAUCUCCAUUCAGACCCCUUCACAGUGUGAAUGCAGAGUCUUCUACAAGUCCAAGAAAACUUCAACCAGAGACUUGAGUCUCUAGGAGCCACUGAAGCCCUGUGGAAAAUGUAUUCCCAAAGAGGAGUUUUCUCACUGGCUGACACACUCAUAGGGUGAGAGUAUGCUUUUCAACUCAGGGGUAAAUUUUUAAAAAAUAGAAGAUUUGGAAAUUUUUAUUUCAAUCUCAAAAGAAAGGGCAAACAGGUCUUUGUGGACUAAGUAUUGGUGAUACAAGGUGAGGAAAAGAGUUUCGUGCAGACCUGGGGGAGUUCACUCUCUGACCCAGAUAAAAUGAGCCAGGUUAGCAUGGCUCACCUGUUCACCCACACUUGCUCUGUCUCAGCAUCUCCACCUUCAUAUACAAACUCAAUACUGCUGGGUAAUUCCAGAUCUCUUUCCUACAGUAUCCUCCACCCAGUGCCUCCUCAGACAGUGAUUCCCAGGUCUUUGAUGCCUUCCCAUCACUAACGAGACAUGUAACAGGGAAAAAUAACUGCAAUAGCUGAGUACAUAUUGGAACAAGAGGCCCACAAGCCCUGGCCAGAAACCUCUGGGAACACGAAGAGGAAUGCCAGUGCCAAUUGCUGAGACUUGGCAUUCCCUUGGUUGCCAAGGACACUGUGGUCCAAGGGUUCUGCACAGAUCCCAGCAGAGGCACUGAUAAGGAACCUUGAUUUUGGUCUUGUCCACUUGUCAAUAUCUUUUUGCAAGAAAACUCUUGCUGAUGAAGGAGAUGGUCACUGAUGAAAAUAAAUGAGAAAAAAAGAAUAGCAAAGUGUCUAGUGUGAGCAAUGAAACUGCAUCUUGAUUAUUGUGUUUUGGUGUGGUAGGAAUGGAGCUCAAAGAAUCCCCACGGGACAGUGAUUGAGGUGAUUGGGAAUGUAGGAAGGAGCACCCAGGGAUUCCAGAGGACAGGCACACCUUACUAUGGCUGCCAUCCAUGCCAUUAGGGAAGAGAGUGUGUUUGCUGCCUACACAUCAGUUAAAAGACAGAGAUUGGGAGAGUAGAUUAAAACACAAGAACCAACCAUAUGCUGCUUAUAGAAAAGUCCUUUCAAAUAUUAUGAUAGAAACAUGUUGAAAAUUAAAGGAUAGAAAAGGUAAGUGGUGCAAAUAUUACUCAUGCAAAAGGAAGAAGAAAUGGCUAUAUUGAUAGCAAAUAAAUCAGGCUUCAGAAUAAAGAAAAUUACCAGAGACAGAGAGGAACAUUAUAUAUCAAUACAUAGGUCACUCCACCAAGCUGACAGAUGUGUUUUCCCAAGCAACAAAUAUGGGAAAUAUGUGAAAGAGAAACUGACAACUGAAAGGAUAAAUAGAAAAAUCCACUAUUAUAGUUACAGACUUCACCACCCUCUUAACAAUUGACAGAACAGCUACAUUAAAAAAUGAGUAAAGAUCUAUAAGAAUUCCAUUAAUACCUCAAUCAAGGGAUCUAUUGAUAUUUAUAGAAGUUAAUAUUUGCAGAAGACAUAUUUUUUCAGGUGCACAUAUACCAAGACAAGCCAUAUCCUGAGCCAUAAAACAAAUCUCAGACAAAUUGAAGAGAAUUGAAAUCAUAUGGGCUAUGUUCUCAGGCUACAAUGGAAUUGAGCUGGAACUCCAAUGGAAAGGUAACAGAAAUAUCUUCUUCACUACCCUAUCAGCAGUAUCAAGACUCCCUAAACCGUCAUCAGAAUCUGAGAAAAGACCCCGUUGAUUGUCCUCCAAAGUCAAAAAUCUAUGUCUGAAUAGGAACUUUUCUGGGUAUGGAAGACACUCAGGACACUAUCACUGAAGGAUCGCAGAGCAAGGGGUACAUGCCCAUUCCCCCCCUUUUUUGCUACCCAUUGCUGAAGCAAAUCUCCUUUGUUAUGGGAAGAGCAGAUAAUGUUCCCCACCUGUCUGUCCCCUGGUCCCAACAUUCACUCACUCCUUUUCCACUCAGAGGAUGGAUGACCUUGCUCAAGAAGGGACAAUUUCAGUCUCUACUCACCCCUGGCCAGCCCUCGCUCACCAGUGAGCAUGCUCAGCCUGGUGUAAUUUAGUCUCUUCAUACAAGUUCUAAGAGCAGCAGCCUGGUCAGGGGGGAGAUAUCAUCCUGGAUGAGUUGAGAAUCAGCCUCACAGAACACUGGCAACACGAAGGGUCAUAUCUCUACAAGGCUGUGAACAGCCUCCUACUCCGUCCACUCACAUUGGUUCUGGGAGAUCUUUAAACAGGAGAGACUGUCUAUUUCUGACAAAGGAGGAAACCGGGGCCUAGAAAGUGUAGAUGGCACAUAGCAAGCCACACUCUGCCAUGAAUUCUUGCUAGGAGUUUAAAUGUAGCACAAUAUUUUUCAAGCAUAGCUUCAGGAGGAAUGAGCUUCACAGGAACCCAAGCCAAUACCACAAUUGUAGCCAACUGCCAAGAAGAAAUCAAUGCUAAUUGACCAAAUAGUGUAUAAAAGCACUGGCUAUGCCUCCCUUUGGAGAGACAGAGUUUUGGAUGUGAAUCGCCCCUCUCCUUUACUUGCUAACGGAAAUAAACUACCUUGUGACAACCAUUUUUUGUUCUUAAAUAGAACGUCCCAAGCGGGAAACUCUUAAGUUCAGUAACAUCAUGAAACUUUAGCCACAAAAGUGUCUAGGGCCAGGACAGAUUCAGAGAUAUAGGGUGGAAGGCUUGCUGCUGAGUUAACAAUAGUUAGUACAGAUGACAACACACAGUGGUUUCCUGCUGUGGAGGACAAACACUCUUCUACUUGCAACAAAUGAAGAAAGUGCUAUAGUGCAAGGACUAAAAUGACCCCAUUUAUGAUGAGUUUGGCCUUGUAGCCAAACUCUUUUCAAGGAAACAAUUUGCUUGUUGCUUCUUCCUAUGUGAUCCUAAAUUUAAGAUAAAGAGAAGUAUUGAGUGUUAAAAAACAAAC